AUGGAAUCGCCUUCAAGAACUCUAACUCUCUCUCCACCCCCUCAUUCUCUCCGACGCCGCCGUAGCAGCAGCGACUCAAUUAACUCCCCUGAAUUCGAGUUCUCGAACACGGGUUGCGACCCACAAAGCGCUACUCUUCUAUCAGCUGAUGAGCUUUUCUCCGAUGGUUUCCUCCUUCCUCUUCACCGCCUUCAUCCUCACCAAGCACUAAACUCCGAACCGGAUACCGGUCCGACCGAUCCGGACCCUUCACCAUCCGAACCGGACUCUGAGCCCGAACCGGGACCUUCUGCUUUGAUCACUUCGAAUAACAAGAUUUUAACCGCUUCGAAGCGGUGGAGGGAGAUUUUCAAGCGAGCCGAGAAAAAACCGGGGAACGAAUCGGAAAUUAAGGUGGAGAAAACCGAGAAGAGGAGAGAGAAAGAGCGGAAAAAUGCUCGUAGUAAUAGUAAUAGUAAUGGUAAUAAUAAUAGUUCGGCCGAGCUUAAUAUUAAUAUUUGGCCGUUUUCGCGAAGCCGAUCCGCGGGAAAUAAUUCGGGUCGGUCCAGACCGGCGGUUCAAUCAAACCGGAAAGUGAGCAGUGCGCCUUGUUCAAGGAGCAAUUCUUCAGGCGAGUCAAAAACAUCAAGGAAGUCUUGGCCCAGCAGUCCGGGCCGGGCCGGGGUUUAUUUGGGCCGCGCUAGCCCGGUUUGGCAAGUAAGGAAACCCGUUUCGAUGAACCGAACACCUAAUGGUGGUGGUUCGGGUAAAGGCCGGGUUUUAAAGUUAAAUGUUCCGGUGUGUAUCGGGUAUCGACAGAGUUUGAGUUGUCAAAGCGAAGAAAGUGGUGGCGACGGUGACGGAGGCGGGAUGAGAAGUGGUGGCAGUGGUGGUGGUAAUGGUAAUAAUAUGUUUAGUUUGCGUGGGUUGUUUAGUAGGAAAAGUACUGUUUUAAUGGUUUAA